AGCGCUCUUGCGGCUGCUGCACACUACGGCCAUCUAGAUGUGGUGCGAUUUCUUGUUGGUAGAGGGGCAUUUGUUAAUAUGCCAAGCCAGACCAGGGUCGAUACUAGCGCCCUUUACGUUGCGGCAAAAUGGGGGUACUUGGAGGUUGUACAGUUCCUUGUCGACAAAGGGGCAAUUCUUAAUGUGCCGCGCCAGGGCGGGGGCGACAUCUGUUUGGCGCUUGGUGCCGCAAGACGAGAACGACGUCAUAGCGUUGUAGCAUUUCUCAUUAGUAAAGGGGCAAUAGAAUGAUGGGUGCUUCACAUCAAUCAUCAUAUAUAACCUAUCUCAAUGUCGUCUGCAACAUUAGGUCAGAUACCCAGGUGCAACAACCAAUCGAUAAGCCGAGCUGUAGUCCCUAGCUCAAACCCCCAUGCACUUCCGCAUUCCCCAGAGCUUCAGCCCUGCGACCCACCUCUAGUUAGUAGGUUCUAGUUAGGUAACUUCGCCAAAACGACCACAUUCGCCAGUGCCUCCGAGAAUCAUAAUAAUAAUCAUAAUAUCACGCCCAAAAUGUCGUCCUUCGAUCAGCCAUUGCCUCCAUAUAAUGCAUCCGACCCCACCGCCACCUUUGUAGGGACCUCAUGCCUCGACUUCCUGCUCAUCGAGCUAGUGCCCAUGGCAUACCGGAUCGCGAAUGAAUUAGGGGAAGCAGCCGACGACGCUGGCAGCGGCAGUGGCGGGAACAAGAACAACGAGGAGGCCGGGUCCGUAAGCACAUCCGCCGGUACCAUAAGUACGGCCCCCGGGACCGCCUCGGCGACGGGGAGGAAAAGCAAGCUAGACGAGGACGAAGAAAGAGAAGCAGUCUUUUUCCGCCUUGAGGGCCUUGGGUAUCGUGUGGGAUUGGGACUGGUUGAGCGCUUCUCCCGUGAUCGCCCACGGUUCACCGACACGUUAGACGCCAUCAAAUUCGUGUGCAAAGAUCUCUGGAUGCUCGUCUUCAAAAAGCAAGUCGACAACCUCAAGACCAAUCAUCGCGGUGUCUAUGUGCUGACGGACCACGCGUUCCGCCCGCUGUCGCGCAUGAGCGCCGACGCUGGUGGCCAAGCCGUUGCGCGUGCACAACCCUUCCUCUGGUUCCCUUGUGGCAUUCUCCGCGGCGCCUUAGCAGCCAUGGGCAUCAGCUCCACAGUGCAAGCCGAGACAAGCGAGCUACCAGGCGCAGUCUUCCAGAUCAAGACAACACCAGCAGCUCCCAAGUAAGCGAUAACAAACAUAGGUAAAGAAAAGACAUAAUGAGAUAUCAGACACCCCAUGAAAAGCCUCAAUGAAAAUCUCCAGACAGAUCAGAUCAGAUCAGAUAAGUAAGCGAGAAGACUCUUCUACAUAGAUAGGACUGGGCCAAGAUCUGGGCGGAAGAUCUGCGCAGCUCAGCACCCAGAAGUUUUGAGGGGGAUACAACGGCAUAAAGCCAGACCAAGCGAAGCCAGGCUCAAGGCAGGGAAGAAGGCGCAAAUAAUCAUCUAGAAAGGUGAAAUCCAGAACUCGGGUUCUGAAACCCAGACGGUCCGAGGCAGAGAUAAUCUGUCCGCGAAACAGAAGAGAAUGGGCGCAGGCCACGGGAUAGGAGACGCAAAAUAGCGUCUACCCGGAAACAAGCAUAGCACCAAUGAUAAUUUCACUUACGAGUGGAACAACAAUUAAAAUAAGACUUUUAAGUCCCACACACAUACACACACAUACACUCUAUCUCCCUCAAAGCUCACGACUCAAUCUAACCCCAGUAUGAAUCAUCUACCGACCAAGAUCUCUAUCUAUCCACAACAGCGUAAAUAAACAUUACCUUUCCUCCUCAACCCAGCCCC